UCAUAGUGUUACGUGUCCAUCCACCCCUCGCUUCACGAAUGGGUACGCCCUUGGUGCAGUGCACGACUCCCCAGCUACCUGGGGCCUCAGAGAAAGUCGGCGACUGUGUCAGUCAUGCUGUGGCCAUGUGUGCGGUGAUCUUGGUGUUAACUCCACUUUGCUGGAACUGUCUGUACCUCCUGCUACAUGCGUGGAUUACAUUUGCCUCUCCAUCUCAACUCCGCCCACCGAGAAUAACAGAACAUCCUUCAGACGUUUUAGUGAGGAAACACGAACCCGUGACAUUGAACUGUAAAGCCGAAGGUAAACCUCCUCCUACCAUCGAGUGGUACCACGAUGGAGAACUUGUACACAACACGGCCAACAGGAUGGCCUUGCCCAGUGGUUCUCUAUUCUUCUUGCACGUCAUCCAUAGCAAAAGGGAGCAGGACACGGGCACAUACUGGUGCGUGGCACGCAACGAGGUGGGAAGAGCCAGAAGUAGAAAUGCCACUUUAGAAAUAGCCGUUUUACGAGAUGAUUUUCGUACAUCCCCGAAGAAUAUCAGAGUUGCUAUGGGAGAGACUGCAACUUUAGAGUGUUCUCCGCCUAAAGGUCAUCCCGAUCCAAAUGUUAAAUGGAGGAAAGACGGAGAGAUAGUUAACGUUGGAACUGGUAGGAUACGUUUGAUGGGUCCUGGAAAUUUGGUUAUAUCCGACGUAAGGCAGAAUGAUGAAGGAAGGUACACGUGUGUGGCAGAAAACAUGGCUGGAGUUAGAGAAUCUAUACCAGCUUUGGUGACUGUACACGUAAAACCAUUUUUCAUUAGAGAACCAGAACAUAUUACUGCACUUUCCAACGAGGAUGUGGAAUUUGAAUGCCGAGUCAGUGGAGAUCCUUUACCGACAAUAACCUGGAGAAGACAGGAUGGUAAAAUGCCCAUUGCAAGAGCCCAGAUUCAAGAUGAUAAAAGUUUGAACAUUAAAAGCGUAACCCCAGCAGAUGAAGGUGUUUAUAUUUGUGAAGCAGAAAAUCCAGUUGGUUCCAUUUCAUCUUCAGCAACUUUAACUGUUCAUUCUAGACCAACAUUUUUAGUAACACCGAAAGAUCAAAGAGUUGGACUAAAUGGAAUUUCUAAAUUUGAAUGUGUUGCAACUGGAAAUCCUCCUCCCUCUAUAUUUUGGACAAGAGAAGGAAAUCAAGCAUUAAUGUUUCCUGAAAGAUCUUAUGGGAGAUUUUCUGUUACAAGAGAAGGGAUGCUUAUCAUCAAUGGGGUAAUGAAAGAAGAUCGUGGAUAUUAUGUUUGUUCUGUUUUAUCAGGAAUAGGCUCAACAAUGUCUAAAGCAUAUUUGGAAGUAACUGCUGUUGCAGAUCUUCCUCCUCCUAUUAUUCGUAUGGGUCCAGCCAAUCAAACUCUACCACAAAGUACUGUGGCUAUGUUACCUUGUGAAGCAUCUGGAACUCCAAAUCCAACUAUUAGAUGGUUAAUGAAUACAUCUCCAGUUCCCACAAAUAAUCCACGUUUUGUGGUCCUAGAUUCUGGUACAUUACAAAUUGAUGAUUUACAACCAUCAGAUUCAGGAAUGUACACAUGUACAGCAUCUAGUGAAAGUGGAGAGACAUCAUGGAGUGCUUCUCUAGCAGUUGAAUCUCCCAGAAAUCCUAAUGUGAUAUUUCACAGAACACCCGAUCCAUCCACAUUUCCUGGUCCUCCCUCUAAGCCAACGGCAGUGAAUAUUACUGAAACUUUGGUAACUUUGAUGUGGCAUCGGAAUUCAAAGACAGGAGGGUCGUCUCUAAUUGGAUAUACGGUGGAAUAUUACAGUAGUGAUUUACAAAGUGGAUGGGUUACAGCAGCACACAGAGUUCCAGGAGAAACAUAUGCAGUUCAAAAUUUACGUCCUGAUUCCCGUUAUAUAUUUUUAGUUCGUGCUGAAAAUUCUCAUGGUUUAAGUCUUCCCAGUCCUACUUCAGAUGUAAUUAAGACAUUAGGUAAUUUACAACCAUCAGAUUCAGGAAUGUACACAUGUACAGCAUCUAGUGAAAGUGGAGAGACAUCAUGGAGUGCUUCUCUAGCAGUUGAAUCUCCCAGAAAUCCUAAUGUGAUAUUUCACAGAACACCCGAUCCAUCCACAUUUCCUGGUCCUCCCUCUAAGCCAACGGCAGUGAAUAUUACUGAAACUUUGGUAACUUUGAUGUGGCAUCGGAAUUCAAAGACAGGAGGGUCGUCUCUAAUUGGAUAUACGGUGGAAUAUUACAGUAGUGAUUUACAAAGUGGAUGGGUUACAGCAGCACACAGAGUUCCAGGAGAAACAUAUGCAGUUCAAAAUUUACGUCCUGAUUCCCGUUAUAUAUUUUUAGUUCGUGCUGAAAAUUCUCAUGGUUUAAGUCUUCCCAGUCCUACUUCAGAUUAGAUUCAGGGUGGACAAGAAUAUGUUGAAGGAUUCUAUAUUAGAUUUCGAGAUCUGACUGGUGGAUCACAGAAAUAUAACAUGGUCACAGUAUUAAAUGGUGGAGCCUCUUCUUAUGUUCUUACUGACUUAAGAAAAUUCACCAAGUAUGAAUUUUUUUUAGUUCCAUUUUAUAAGAGCAUAGAGGGUCCACCUAGCAAUUCAAAAAGUGCCCAAACAUUAGAAGAUGUGCCUUCUGCACCACCUGAUAAUUUACAUGUUCAAGUAAUUAACAUGACUAGUGCAGCAGUAUCUUGGUCUCCACCUCCGCCUCAGCAUCGUAAUGGCAUUUUACAAGGUUAUACUAUUCAUAUAAUGGGGAACAGCUCUUCACUCCAUUCUAAUAUAACAACCAAUGCUACAACUACAUCAUUUACUUUAUACAAUCUUACAGCUAGUUCUGUUUAUACAAUACGUGCUGUUGCACGAACAUCUGUUGGGAUGGGACCAUUUACUUCAUCUGUGUCUUUAAGAAUGGAUCCAAGUUUAUUACAUAAUCAAUUAGCUAAUGGUCCUUCAGCUACCUCAUUAUCAAACUUUCAUGACAUACUUAGACAACCCUGGUGUAUAGCAUUAAUUGGAGGAUUGCUUUGUCUGCUACUUUCUAUUUUUUUUGUAGUGAUAUUUUUACGUCGUAGAUUAGCUUGGCAGAAAGCCCUUGGGGCUCACUUAACAGUUCCAGUUCAUAAAGCAGAAGAUAUCAGAGUUGGUGUUAAUGCUCGUGAAGCUCUGUGGAUUAAUCAGGCAUGGAGACCUGCUGAUUCUGGUAAAGGGAAUAGUAUGAGUGAAACAAAACUAUUGAAUAAAUUAGAUUCAUCCAGUGAUCUUAAUUAUUCCAGUGUUUAUUCUCCCCUAUUAUGUAGUGUCAGUGCUCCUGAUUAUGCAGAAGUAGAUACACAUAAUAUGACAACAUUUUAUAAGAAAGAACUUCCAUCCAUACCUGCACCUUAUGCCACUACAACAUUGAUUAAUCCACCUGUUCAGAAACAUUUAAGUGGUUCUGUCCAUGAUGGAAAAAGUAGUGGAUCCGAAAUCAGUCGAAAGUCUGAUAAAGGAUUUGAUUUAGAUGCAAGAUAUAACGAUGUUAGGUUAGGAAAACUUCUUCACUAUUUAACACACUUAUGCAUAAAAAGAUCAAAAAGCAAUACAAUGAUCUCAGGAGGUAUACAGUCUAUGUCUCGUUCUCCUCUGUCUUCACGUGGUUUCCAGUCACCAGUUGGAAGUAAACAUAAUACUGCAUCUCCCCGUAGCACAUUGACCCGCUCUGCUGCUGAAGCAGAUCGUGGUCCCACUCCACCUAUUAUGACAAAUGCAAGAAUUCCAGGAAUAAAUUUAUCUUAUCAACGUCCACUUAUGCCUUCUGCAUCUUCUUGUUCCCAAUCUCAAACUUUUGGUUCUAAUCCACUAAUGGAUAGGGGUAUCCAAUCAUCAUUGCCAUCAUUGAUAAGUGAACCUCAUUCAAAUCCAAGUCCUGGACUAAGGCGAUCAGGUCCAGAAAAUACCAUAAACUUACCUCUUACAGUAGGUCCAUACCAUCCUCUUGAUGGUGAUUCAGAUAUUGAAGGCCUACCUGGUUACGCAUCAGGUGACAUUUGCCUAAGAAAUAAUCCACAUAGUCCAGAAUCUAGUGUUGGAGGUGAUACUGAUUAUGCACCUAGUCAGGGUUUAGUUCCAUCUUGGGCAAGUGUCACUGAUCAAAGUAAUAGCUCUUGUACAAGUGCAAGGUCUAGUGCUGCUAGCUCAACAGAUGGAUCAUUUUAUACAGAUGCUGAUUUUGCAAGUGCAGUUGCAAGGGCUGCACAAAAUGCAGGAUUUAGGGUAGAUGGAUCUUUAAUUAUUGAUCCAAGCAAUGUAGAGAAAAAACAUAUCCCUCGGCACCGUGCACCCAGACCAUCCAGUCCAUAUAGCACAGACAGCAAUGUUAGUGCAGCAAUUAGCCAACGUCCUCAUCCAAAGCCUAGGAGAAAACAACAUCCAUCAGAAAAUAAAUCUAAUGCAGGCCAAUAUGCAUCUUCUAUGUCCUCUCCACCUACAUCAGAUAGAACAGGAAUUACAGGACCAAUUGAGAGGUCUCAGUUCCAAUCAGAAACCUCUCCACAUAUUCUUGCUAUGCAAAAUGGCAGUGAUGAUAUUCCAGCCUACAACAAACCAAACUUUCCUACCUGUUCAAGUCCCUCUGCUUCUUUUGGACGACGCAGGAGAGAAUUUGGAAUUGGGAUGAAUGGAUUGCCAAUGUCACCACAUAGUACUUUAUCAAACAUGUCAGAGAAGGAUUCCUAUGGUGUGAAAUCAAUGCCUUCGCGAUUGGAAGAAAAAGAUACUCCUGUCAUCUGACCUUUAUAUUUCAAAGGAGAAGAGAAAAUUCUAACAGGGAUGCAAAGGCCAGUUAUUAAAGAUAUGCUGUGACAGAGACAUCUUAUGUGCCUCUCAGGAGUUAGGCCAUAUUCCACUCUAACUUUAUGUUCUCACUCUGUCAGUGUUGCAAAUUAGCUGUGGAGGCAGUGCAUGCCUCGAAGAUAUUAAAUGCUCAACAGUGGUUACAGAAAAGAUGAUGGAGAGUUAAGUCUGUGUUUCAUUCUCAAGAGGAAAUUAUAUUGUGUUUCAAAUUGAAGUCGACCUACUGACGUGCCAAAUAGGGAUUUGCAAUAAUGACUAAUGCUGCCUUCUCAAUUUUGGCUGUGCUCAAGCAGAACAAUGUUCUACAAAAGUGAUGAGUGGUGCAAUUUCAGCACGACGAUUUCAGCAUAUCAUACAGCCGACGACAUUUUGCUAAAAUGUUGGAAGAGGAAGUUAUCAAAUAUGUUGCACAUAAUGAGUUAAAUUGGCCACUAACUUCUGUUGCAUUGCACAGAGUGAGCACAGAACUUAAUUUAUUCCCUGUGACUAUUGUGGUUACUGUUGUGUAUCAGAUGUACAGUUAGGGACACCUAGAACAUUAGAAAAAUUGUUCCAAAUUCAGUCUUCUAUGUAAAUAUUUCUCUGUUGCUUUACAGCCAUGAAAAUCUGUUUUAUCGAGUCGUAAAAGUACCUAUGGUACUUCGGUCGGCGGAGUUGUAUGCACAGGCAAACAUGCAAAAUGAAUCUGAUAAUUUUUAGGGGUAUACAGGGUUUUAUAUUACUUAUCAAUAUGCAACAUGACAUUACUUUGAUAUUUGGUCAUUUAAAAAUUUUGUCACAAACUGCAGCUAGCCAUAAUAUGUUUUUUAAAUGACUGACAGUUUUCAGAAUUUAAUUGAAAAUCAAAUAUUGUUAUAUUUCAAGUUUCAUCAUUAUAAAAUGAAAGUGAUCUUUUACAUGUUUAUGCAAAUUAAUGCCUUUGAAAUCAAUGAGGUCUGAUGAAUAGUUUUUCCACAUGGAAAGACAGAAUCAGUGCCAUUCCUUUAUACAAUCAUGUGCGGAACAUGCUAAAUGUAUUUUUUGUGUCGUAGUAAGGCAGACCAUUGUAGUAAUUUUUAUAAACAUACAGAUAAAUACCAAAAUACAAAUCCUGAAAACUGCCAGAUUCUGACACAAGAACAAUAGCAAUACAAAGAAAUAUGGCAAAGUUAUGCAGUUUAUGAUAACAACAAAAUUCUGUAAUUGCCUGUUGCCAAGUUGUACAUACUGAUUUCCAUUCGAGUAUGGUUUUGUGAAUAAUUAAAAGUUUGUAAACUGAAUGUCAACCAAGUUAAAAUUUACAUCAGUCUGUGAGAAAUGAAGCAUAUCCUGAAGGUGCCCUUUUAUGAAGAUAUACUGGUAAUCUAAGUGUUUUAUGGCUUGUGUGAUAGACAACUAGAUAUCACCAACAGUGAUAACUUACUCCAUCUCUGCUUGGUAUAUUUACCAAGUAGAUCUUUUCUCCCUGUUCUCUGUAUGCUGUUGGUGAUAUUAUUAUUAUUAUAUGAAACAGCAUUCUAGAGAUGUGAAGUAUUGAAUGUUGAUUACCAGAGGUGUGAACAGAAUCACAUGACUGUGACUGGAGGCAUUGCUUGUUAAUGUUUGUAAACAUUAGAGGAUGUUCCUGUUAAAAAAAAAAAAAAACAGCAAUAAACUGUACAGAAGAGCUUAAUCAUUACAUUCUGAAUUACAUAUAAAAUAACUCUUCUAACAUUCAUAAAUUAUUAAUCUCUCAAUAUCCUGUUUAUCAAUACAAAAACUUUUUCAAGCCUAAAUUUGCUUAUAAUUUAUAAUAAGAAAAUUAUUGUAUCCAAUAUCUCAAAUCUGUAAUCAAUUGAAUCUUCAAUAUAAUAUUGCAGAUAUGGUAUGCAAAUAAUCAAUAUAUACACAAGCAGUGUGAGAAUAUAAUUGCAAAAAAAUGAAAUUUUAUAUAUACAUAGUAUUUUAAAUGUUUACAAAUUGUAUAUAAUUUUUUCAAAUACAGGCAAUUAUAUUUUAAUUGCUUAAAAAUCAGUAAUUUCAUUUAUAUAAAGAGUUUUAUAUGAAAAUUUACUAUGCACCAUUUUUCUAUUAGAAUAGAAUAUUUCAGGGAAUCUUUAUAGUUAAAUUUAAUAAUUAAAUUUAUAUGAAAAGAACUGUAUAAGAGAAGUAGAGUUGUGCUAGAUGAUUAAAAACUCUAAAAAAAAGAAAAAUAAUAAUAAUUUACAUUAAAAUUUAGAAUUUUUGAACUGAAAGAAAAAUAUCUAAAGCUCUGUUUGAAAUAAUGUAUCUUGACAUCAAAUUUAAAAUAUUAUUUUCUGAUAGCAUUUUAUAAUAUAAUUAUUAAUUCAGAUUCCACUUGUGCCUCUUUGAGAUAUUUUAUUAAUUUAUGCCUCUUUGUUUACUUACUAACAACAGCAGUUAAGUAACAAAUCAACAAUUGUUACAUAACUGGUGUAAACACACAGUUUCUCCAGUCACAGUCUUUAAUAAAUAAAAUUUUACAUAGAGAUAUGUUAGGGGCAGAGUACUGAGAAAAUUUGUUACACAAGAUGUUCUUUGAAGGGACUGCCAACAAAAAUUGUUCAAGUCAAAUUUUUUGUUACUCUGCUGCUUACAUUCAUUGAUUACAAUAUCAGAGAAAAAUUGUUGUACUUGACAAAGGUGAGUCCUGUGCCAUGUGUUGAUUUCGUGAUUGUACAGUCAACAAGUCAUUUUGUAAAAAAAAAACAAAAAAAAAGUAAGAAAAAUCUACAAAGUCUGUAAGAAAGUUGCUGUACUCAUCCUGUAGAUCUGUGUUAAAAGUUGCAUGUACAUGAACAACAGUGAAAUGGGGAGACUCGUUAAAAAUUGCCUUUCAUUUUUA